AUGCAAUCUGGUUCAAAUCCACCGUCUGGUUUUUCGUUUGGAGGUAAUCCAGCGAGCGCAGGUGAGGAAAAAUGAACGUUUUGAAUGUUUUGUCGAUGUUCAUCAUGUUGUUUUUGUGAAGUUGUCAUUCCAUGAAUACCACAACCCGACAGGACCCCUCUUCAAAGCUUUUUAUCGUUUUUAGAAGUCAAUAUAUAGUCUAAAAUAUACGUAUUACUUGAUCAAUGUUUAUAAAAUGAUAACCUCGGUAGAGGUAAACAUAAAUUCAAUUAUUUUACAUGUCCUUGCCAGUGAAGGUAGUGCCAAUAUAAUGUACACAAGCUUUCGUUUUUAGGGAUGAAACUACUUGAUAUAAGAAGAAUUUUGACGUUUCAAGUGAAGGCGGAAUCUGGAGUUACCGUUACAGUAACUUCGCUCAAAACGUCGAAAUUCUCCUUAUAUUUGUCAGGCAGUCGCAUCCCUACCAACGAAAAGCUUGUUAAAAUUAUUUUACAUACCUGCUAAUAACUUCCUGAUGAAGGGCCUUUACGUCAGAGUUUUACUUGUAUUUUCAGGUAGUUGAAUCCGUGUUCAUCUCAAUGCCAGCUAUAACUGCAGGGUUCAAAUUAGCGGCCCACUAUUCGUAAAUUGCGAAUGUAAAUUCGCUUUUUGCGAACGCUGACCAGACUGGAAAGUUUGGAAAUUGUGCACCGGAGAUUUCGAAAAUUUAAUAGUAAAUAUAUAGAAAGCAUCAAAAUUGCGCGCCGGAGAUAUCCGCCGCGCGAUACAAACUUUCCACACUGGCGAACGCAAAAUCAUCCAUUUUGUGAAUGGCGUUUUGCAAAAACAAUGUAUUAAGGUUUACAUAAAAGGUUGAUUUUCACUAUCACUUCGAAUGUAUUUUAUUAUGAUGGAAGAUGUGGAGUAUUUUGCUGACUAUUAUUGUAAUUUUGUACUAGAAGGAUGUGUGAAAUGAAGAAUAUGGCUACAAUUUCUUCAGAAAAUUUAAGAAAUUUGCUUUGAAACGACCGCCAUCUUGUUUUUCGCAAGCAGUGUUUCCACUUUUCAAAACUGAAAUGUCCUUCAAAUUUUCAAGAAGGAAAUUUGCGAAUUGAUCUUUCCUGUCUAAUUCGAACCCUGAUUACCAUCCAAGUUGAUUAAACGGUUGUGAGAAGAUAUGGAUUUAUGUUCUCGUAUCAAAAACAAUAUCUCACUCGUUUGUUGCGCUCACUUGUGAGAUAUUGUUUUUGCCACUCGAACAUAAAAUCCAUAUCCCCUCGCAACCAUCUAAUAUCCUCUAUAUUUUUCAUUUGACAUCAGAAAAUUAUAUCACCUUUUUAAAACUGUUGCAUGCAACCUGCCUACAACUUGAGUUGUACUGUGUAAAUCAAGCACACAACUCACCUACGACAAUAUAGUCGAGAUUUGUGCUUGAUUUACACAGUACAACUCAAGUUGUAUUAAAAAUGAUACCCCUGGAUUAGAAGCAAUUUCUGCUUUAGGGUGGGAAACUCUUGAGUCUCAACGAAACCAAGUCAAAAGCAAUUCAAAUGUAUAAAGUUUUAAAUUAUUUGGCUCCAAACACACUUGUCAAUCUUUUUGUGUGCAAAAGUGACAUCACACAUUAUGAGCUCAGUGGCUCCACUACCUCUCUGCAAAUACCUUUUCCCAGAACUGAAAAUCUAAAAAAAAGUUUUUCUUAUGAUGGGGUGAAAUUGUGGAAUUCCUUACCCCCAUAUUUGUGUGAUUCGGAUUCAUUGCUGAUAUUUAGAAAUGGAAUUACUGCUCACAAUUUCGCGUAAUUUAUUGUAAAUAUAGUUAUUAUAGCCAUACUAAUAGGUUGAUUUUUGUAAAUAUUUUUGUAAAUAUUUUUAUAUUCAUGUAAUGAACACGCCCCUCGUGGAAAUCAGCGAAAGUUGACGAGGCUAGCGUAUUGUUUUAAAUAAAGUUUACCUGCCUACCUACUAACACUUUUACGCAAAAGUUGUCAGUGUUUUUUUCAGGAUUUUCUCUUGGGUCCAUUUUUGCAGAGAAGAUUGAGUUAAGCUGAACAGCUGGGGCGGCUGCAUGCCCCCUUACCGGGGGGCUGACACCUGUACUCAAUAAAUGUAGUUGAGACGGAGUGUGUUAAAGCAGGGGCACUGAGGGACACUAUAAACUGGUUAAAGAUGGCGAAUGCAUAGUUUUUCUUGUGCUGUGAGAUGAAUUCCAGGCAUUUUUUUUAAUUGUGGGGUUUCCAACUGAAAACUAAUUUCCACACGUCACAAAUUUAACUCAAACAACUUCAUUUUUACUGCACUGAAACUUUGGUGAGAAGAUUGAGUUUCAAAACUCAAUUCAAGAUUGAGUUUUUGGGGCUGUUUAACGGCCCUAAAAAAUCCCUGAAAUAAAACCUGGUUGUGUAUUGUAAAUUGGCCUUAAAUGUUAUUUAAUUGUAUUUAAUUUAGCCACAUCAACUCCAGGAACUGGCUUUUCAUUUGGUUCAGCCACCCCAUCAAGUGGUUUUGGCUUUGCCGGAACUGCAGCAACAACGAAACCUCCCUUUUCCUUCACUACUCCCAGUAGCAACACCACCGCCUCCAUAUUCAACAACCCCACUACGAAACCCCCUGCAUAUGGUACACCCAGUGGCAGUGUUUUUGGUGCGGCAAAUACAACAACAACUGGUACUCAAUUUGGGAUGACCAGCACAACCCCUAGUGCAGGUUUAUUCAGCGGCACGUCAGCAGGGUUUGGUAGUAGCCAAGCGACAACCCAAAAUACGACAGGCUUUGGUGGACAAGCAACUCAAUCGACUGGCUUAUUUGGUGGAUCGAUGGCGCCAGCUCAACAAGCAAGCGGGCCAUCAUUAUUCAGCGCAAAGCUACCAACAGCAACUGUAGGAGGUAACACAGGGUUUUUUAGCGGUGUUGCAGCUCCCGCAACAAAACCGUCUCAAUCAUCAGGGUUUUUCAGCGGUGUUGCAGCACCUGCAACACAAACGUCUCAAUCAACAGGGUUCUUCAGCGGUGUUGCAGCGCCCGCGACGCAAACAUCUCAUUCAACUGGCCUUUUUAGUGGCUCAGUGGCACCUCGGGGUGGACCACCGGCAUUUGGUGGAAAGCCAAUUUUGAAUAGUGGUAACACUUUGUUAUUCAGCGGAGUUGCCGCAGCCCCAAAUCAGUCGCUCAGUUUUGGAGGUGCGGCACAGAAUACCAAACCCGGCGGCAUAAGUUUUGGUACCCCAACACAGGCAGGCACAACAGCAACCCCAAGUUUUGGCUCCAGUACAGCAACUCACGGAGCAAAACCUAUUGACAUUUGGUACCCAGGAAAGUGGAACUGCUGCAAAACCUGGAUUUUCAUUUGGUACAACAACCACAUCUACUGGUAG